GAAGAUCUGAUGAAGAGGUACAUAUAUUAAGUUUGCAACUCUUCAUGUGAUAAAGUCGAGUAUGGAAGGGUCUAACCUCGAGAAAGAUGGGUUCGUACCCUAUGCAAGAGCACGUUGAACGUUGAAUAUGCGAAUGGAUAUGCGAAUGCUACCCCAAUUCAGCCCCAGCCUGCUUACCUCUGCAAAGCCACCUUGGCAUAGCCCGCUACGAAAACCAAGCUACCAAAUAAAUUGAAGCCGAAGGUCCUUUGCUUAUUUCGUACGACUUUUAUACCUAGGCCUAUACUUUUCUAGUUUUCUUAACUGCGUGCCUUUCUAACUCUACAUGGACUACUGUGUUGAAGAAUGUCCAGUAUAUAUUUGAUGAUACACUCACUUUCUAGGAGUCUUGGCACUGAGGAUUUGAUAAACCAUGCGAAACAACUUCAAGAGUCGGGACUCAAUUCUCUGGAGUCUAAAUUGGGAUCCUCAAAUGCGUUGGCGUUAUUGUUGAAUGAUAUCUACAGCGUCGCUUCUUCGCUCAAUAAGCUGGCGGUGGAUGAUUCCAAAUCCCCCCUAGAUGAAGCGGAUCGAUUUCACAGAAUCUAUAAGGCUUGCAGUGGGCUCAUUGAAGGGUCCAUAAUACCCCUGAAACAUUUCCAAAAGAACGGAGAACCUCUUCCGGCCUUCGAACACAUUGACGAAGAGUGCGAGCUUAUCAAAAGAUGCAGAAAGUUGCAGCUUCGAAUGGAGACGAUCCGCAUUCUUUGCUCAGUUGUGGACAUUUUGCCCCAUACGAUUGCAACAAAUAAAAAUACGAUACCACAUGAGACGCUCGCUACUAUAGCGACGCUUCGUAACCGUAUCUCUUUGGCUAAAAGGAAAAUUUCUCGUCUCGACUCCGGCGUUGAAAGAGCCGAGCUUCAUACAGCCCUUAUUAUUGCGGAAGGGUCCAUUCAAGCCCUUACCAUUCACACGUAUUUCAUUAUACCACGGCACACUUCAAGCAUUUACACAAGGCGGGAGGAAGAGGCUAUGAUUAAAGCCGCGUUCGAGGAUAGAACAUGUUUUAGCCAAAAGCGAUUUGUGCUCUUCGGAAAGGGAGGCUCGGGGAAGACCGAGCUAGCUCUAAAAUACGCCGAAGACUUCCGAGGACUGUUCUGGGGCGUUUUCUUUAUUGAUGGUAGUUCUCGGAAGCGCGUGUCUGAGGGCUAUUCGGAUCUUGCGAGGAUCGUAGGUAUUGAGCCUGACGAAGACUCUGCUAAGAAGUGGUUGGCCCUACAGAAUGAACCGUGGCUACUGAUAAUCGAUCAUGCUGAUACCUCCGAGAUCGACUUGGAAGAUAUACUCCCUACAGGCCGACAUGGGCGUAUUCUAAUAACCUCCCGCACCCCCGGGUACAACCGUUAUGGCACCGCCGGUAAGCGGUACUUAGGAGUUCGGUAUAUGGCGGAGGAGGACGCUAUUCAUCUUGCUCUUAAAGCAGCCGCGUACCCAUCCCCAUGGCGUGUUAACGACAAGCGGUCAGCUAAAGGGAUAGCUAAAUCUGUGGGGUUCUCCCCAUUAGCCCUGAUCGCUGCUGGUAAUGCAGUGAAGCAUGGUAUCUGCUCUUUGACCAACUACUUAGCCUCCCAUAGGCGUCAUUUAAGCCAAAUCACUUCUCACCGGAGGAAACUCCGGGAAAGUGACAAGCUGAUGAGAUCUGAUUAUCUAGGCGAUGGGUAUAUUAGCAUUAUUACUCCGUUCGAAAUACUCUAUCUGUCGCUGGAAGCUGAUAAGCAACAAAGCUCCAAGGAUGCGGUUGAAAUUCUCAACGUAUUAUCCUAUUUGCAUUUCGACCAUAUCUAUCUUGACUUUCUGAUUAAUGCGGCCCUCAACUAUUCCAUAAAGGGGCUAGAAACGAAUCCAGCAGAAGGACGUAACGGGAGUUGGUUCGGGUGCUUUCGAAAGCCUGUUACUGCUCUACUAAGUCAAUAUUUUGGCUCAGAUUUUCAGUCAGCCCCCGCGCCCCUUCCCCUGGUUCUAAGAAAUGGAAAAUUCCUUAACAAAUAUGAGUUCGAAGAGGAAUUACGAGUUCGUCUUGACCGAGCGAUAAAAGUCCUUCUCCAGAGAUCGUUCAUUGUGAUAGAAGAGGGAGAGAAUCGAUACUGUAUGCACCCCUUAGUCCACAAAUGGAUCAGGGGGCGACCUAGCGUUUCAAUAGCAGAACGGGCAUACUGGUGCGGAAUCACCACAGCUAUUCUGGCUAGGAAUGUCUCGACUCUCCACCACGGGUUGAUCGGCGAUACAGAAGGCGUGGAUAUGGAACGAGAACUGCUGCGCCAUAUUAUUCACGUCGAUGAUUGUCGAAAAGCCAUUGAACUGAGGUUGGAGAAGAACAGAAUCGCUAGGAAUCCAUUUCUCCCUCAAUUGGGAGUCGGUCUUAGGAUGCAGGACACAGGUCAAGCGAAAUUAAACCAAUCACAUCCAGAGGCUCGGCUCGUCGAAACAGAAUCGUAUACUAAAAUGAUAUGCACACCCGAGCCCUUAUAUGAACCGUCGGAUUCUUCCGUUCAAGAUUCUUCUCUGGUGGUCCUCUAUAAAAUGCUCCUCUUCAUUUUGCUAUGGAUUGUCCUAUGGAUCAGCCUAUGGAGUAGCGUCAACCGACUUCUCGUUCCACUCCUCCCAUCGUAUAACAAGCACCGGAUCAAGUGUAUGACAUCGAUUGUUUUCUUCGUUGCGCUAACUCUAACAGUCACCAACAAACCCCAAUUAGGAAGCAAGUCGAAUAUCAAAGCAAAAAGACCCCCCUACGGCUACGGGGAGCUUACGCAAAUCCUGGGGGGAUGGUGGCCGUCCGAAGGAAGAACUGCGUUCUUAUAGAAAUGGGCAAGACCUCGCAGCUUUUACAUAUCCCAUAACCCUCCCACGUCUCCUGGAUUAUAUACUUGACAGGGUUCCAUUCCCACUUUCCAAACCACAACUUCCUCCUGGCCAGACUCGUAUAGAUUGGACUUGCG